GACUUUCGAACAACUUGACAUGUUUUGACGGAGGCGGUUCCCUCGAACCGCCGAAAACAACUCGAAAUUGCUCGAUAUCAAUGAAUUAUACUCUCUGUCAAUGAGUCUACAUUUUCUGUUUCAACGAAAUGCUUUUAUUUUUACACAACCGCGUGGGACUUGCACCUUCUGUAACUGUGUUUCGAGUGUGGAGCAGGUGCUGGCUGAGCAGGUGAUGGAAACGUGCAGCGUGGAAUUUGACGCAAGAGAGGUGAAAGAAGACUGAUUGGAUGUUGCAGUUUUCCUUAUCUGACCUGUCGCUGUGGCUCUGACGAAGAAAAGUAAAAAUGCUUACUCUCACGUUAAGUAUUGGAUUCAGUCACAUCGUUUCGCAAGACACUCCUGAAAGAAUUAAUAAAUAAUGUUGUAAUGUAAUUAAAUCAAUUGUUUACUAACCUCAAUGGAUGCCACUAUUUCGGCUAGUGUGUGGUGCACGUUGGCAAAAUUCCUGCAGAGAAGUCCAGGUGACAUGUUUUGCUGGGGAAACACUGUGAAUGGAGAGUUGGGCUUGGGGGGUAUUGAAGAGGAAAAUAUUUUGUCACCCAGAGAACUCAGUUUUGCAAAAUCAACAAGUGUGCUUCAAGUGGCUUGUGGAUGGCACCAUUCUGUAAUGGUCACGGACAAUGGUCAAGUUUAUUCAUGUGGUAGCAAUGAUUUUGGUCAACUUGGUCAUGAAAAGACUCGGAAAAAACCUGAGAUGAUAGAUGCCCUUUCAGCCUAUGUCAUUAUUGGUGCAUCAUGUGGGGCAAAUCAUUCAUUGGCUGUUAAUGAAUGGGGACAGCUGUUUAGCUGGGGUUCUGAUUCUCAUGGACAACUUGGUAUGAGUCAAGAAAUGGAUGUUCAGCCAAAACCCAAAAUAGUGAAGGGCCUAGCCACAUGUCAUGUAAUACAGAUUACAUGUGGCCUAAAUCAUUGUUUGGCAUUGACUAACAGACGUUAUUCCUCAGUAGAAAGAAAGCCAACUUUGAUUAGGUCAUUAAGAGGCAUUCCUAUUGCUCACAUUGCUUGUGGAGGCAGUCAUAGUCUUGCAGUGUCAAAAUCUGGAGCUGUUUUUGGCUGGGGGAAGAAUGAAUAUGGACAGUUGGGUUUAAAUGAUAACAGCAACAGAGUAUUUCCCUGUCAGUUGAAAACUCUAAGGUCCAUCAAAGUGAAAUACAUAACAUGUGGUGAAGACUUUUCUGUCUUUUUAACAAAGGAUGGUGGAGUUUUUACAUGUGGUGCUGGAAUGUAUGGUCAGUUGGGACAUGGUACGACUACAAAUGAACUUUUGCCUAGGAAAAUCAUGGAGCUCAUGGGAAGCAUAGUGUCUCAGAUCACAUGUGGGAGGAGGCACACCCUUGCAUUGGUGCCUUCAAGAGGACGCAUUUAUGGAUUUGGACUUGGAGGUGCUGGUCAAUUAGGUACGAGAGUAGCUCGGAAUGCAACCACUCCUCAAGUUGUUCUUGGUCCUUGGGUUUCUCCGAGUGGAUCUUCAGUUGUGAAGGCAGAAAUUCCUAGCAAACAUGCAAAGAACUGUGUUGUGAAGAGAAUUUUUGCUGGUGGAGAUCACUGUUUUGCAGUUGUUACGAGACAAGAGGAUCAUGUGAACCCUGAUGAUUGCAGAGAAUUUGUUCCUAAAACACAAAUCUUAAUUUUUACUGUGUCAGAUGCCAAUAAAUGUGCAAGAUUGCCACCCAAUGAAAGUGUGGACCAGGAUUUUAUGACAUAUAUUGAAACAGUAUUCAGUAGUCAAGCAUGUAUCAACAGCUCAUUUCUUCUUGAUAAUGAUGAACAUUAUUGUUGUACUUCACGACAUCACGGAAUAAAUCUUUCUACUGCUGAACAGUGUUUCUCUUCUUUGGGAAAAGUGGAGAACAGCUCAAUUAAGGACCUGAUAUUCAGUUGUGUGAAGGAACAUUUACUUCCUUCUUUGUCUCCAUCUCCUCCAGAUGUGGAAACAUUAAGAGUGUAUAUGACUCUACCAUUUUACAUAGAGUUCGAAAACCCAAGAAACUAUGAGAUUUUACAUAAUCCUUUUGGUAGAGCUGUACUUGCUUUGAAAAGUGAAGCUGCAAGAAUUGUUGGGUUGUGGUGGAGAAAAGCACCUAUUGAUUAUUUUGAACGGCUGAUUCGAAUAUUUAAAGAUGUAGUGGUAUAUCUUCUCUGGCAUUGUGAUAAAGAUAGAGAAAUCAACAGGGUAUCUGCCCGUAGUGAUCGUCAGAAUCCAAACUUAUUUGUACCAUUGGAAAUUUUAGGGCAUUUACAUAAGCUAAAUAAUAUUGAUCUUAAAGUGCCUUAUGAAACUUUUUGUCUGCCUGAAUUAACUGAAAAGAUUGACAUACGUGUGGACUAUGUCCAUUGGUUAUCAGAGAGCAUACAAAGACCUACUCAGAGCUCUAACAUCUAUUUUUGUAGUUACCCAUUUCUUUUUGAUGCCCAGGCAAAAACUUUGAUUCUGCAGACUGACCAGUCAUUACAGAUGCAAUCUGCGAUGAAUCAAGCUGCUUCUCAGGCUCUUCGCAACAUUCUAUUUGCACCAUAUGCUGGUCCUGUUAGUGCUUUCCUUGAGUUGACUGUAAGCAGAGAAAAUAUAGUUGCAGACACAGUUCGGGAACUUAGUAAAUAUGAUAAAAAUGAUCUGAAAAAGCCUUUGAAGCUUUUAAGAAUUAAAAAUAUUCUUAAAGCUAUGAAGUUGCAUUUUGCUGCAGGUCUUCUGUGUGGUUUAGCAAUUUAUAAUUUCACUAUAAUUGACCUACCAUUUCCUCUUGCACUCUACAAAAAACUUCUGAAACAGAAAGUUACUCUUCAAGAUUUGAGUGGUUUGUCUCCAGCUCUUGCACGGAGUUUGCAAGAACUAUUAGAUUAUGAAGGAACAGAUGAAGAAAGUGUGUUUUGCCUUACUUUUGAAAUAUCUCGAGAAGUGUUUGGUGAAGUUAAAAUCCAUGAACUAAAGCCUAAUGGAGGAAGAAUACCAGUUUCUCAUGAAAACAAACAAGAGUUUGUGGACUUGUAUGUAGAUUUUAUUCUGAAUUCUGGAGUUGAAAAGCAUUUUAUGGCAUUCAACAAUGGUUUUCAUAAGGUGUGUGGUGGUAAAGUUCUUGAACUCUUCCAUGCCCAUGAAUUAAUGGCUGUUGUUGUAGGCAAUGAAAAUUAUGAUUGGGAAGAAUUGGAGCGAAAUGCAGAAUACAAAAACGGUUACACUGAAAAUGACAAAGUCAUAAGGAAUUUCUGGGAAGUUUUCCACGAACUUCCGUUGGAACAAAAGAAAAAAUUCCUUCAGUUUCUUACUGGAAGUGACCGCAUACCAAUACAAGGAAUGAAGUCAAUCAAGAUAUUCUUUCAACCGACACCAGAUGAAAAAUACCUGCCUGUUGCUCACACAUGUUUCAAUCUGCUUGACCUUCCUCGAUAUAGAACAAAGGAAAGGCUUAAAUAUAAACUGCUCCAAGCUAUACAGCAAACAGAAAUAUUUGCAUUAGUCUGAAACAGCUUUGUUAUGUCACAAUAAUAAAUCACUGCAUCUGUUUGAAGUAAGGGGCUUUACAAUUUCACUGUGCAUUCUCUGGUAAAGGAAUCAACAAGCUCAAUCAGUUGAAUUUUGCUAUUUUAGAAUUUUCCACUGGUGAUUAUGACCUGGUUUUUGAAUUUUGGGAGACUUCCUUUUUAUCAGUUUUGAAAAGGAAGUUAUUUUGCACCACAUCGUUCUUUCAAAAUAGGUUAGGUGUAUAAGGCUUCAAAUAAAUGUAUCAUAUUCUGCGAAAUAUGAAAUAAUUGAUAUGUAUCCAAUAUACACCAUGCAUCACAACUGCUCAAUUGCAGUAAUUUGUAAAUUGCCAAAUCUUUCUGCAAGUAUGAUAUAUUUCUGUAAAAUUAAUUCAUUCUUAUUUGUUCAGUUGAUAUGUUUCUGUCCUCUUUUUCAUGUGCCAGAUUGAACAGAUUAUUCUGUAAACACCAUUUUAGUAAAUCAAGUAUUUGGGUUUUUGGAUUUCAUGUGCUUAAAUAUAAAAAAAUCAAUGUUAUCCUAGUUGUGUAAAAAAAGUGGCCUUUCCUGAUAGAUAAAUUCUAAUUUAAUUAUUUUUCAAAUAUAGGUCCAAAUCUCAGAUAUAUAUUACAUUUAAAUUAAUAAUGCAAAAUUGAUUAAUGUGAUGUUGGAUAACAUAACUUGAGUUGGAGUUGUUUUUUCAUUUUUUUGAUAUAUGUAUUGGACUUGAAAAAUGACACUUGUAUUUUGUUAUACUGUUAACUACCUCCAUGUUUUUUAUUAUAUUGAAUGAAAAGAACAGUGCAGCUUGCCUUAAUUGCUCACAAAAGAACCUGUACCUCGAAGCAUUUGGGUAUGAAUUGUUUCUCCCUUGCAUUUAUGUAAUGUGUUAUGGCAUGUUUCUGACAGAUAUUAUUUUGAUAAUAGUGACAUUGUAAUAAUUUCAUUCUGUGAUGUGUAAUUGUGAAUGUUUGCAAAGGGUACAUCCCACUAAUAGGAGAGCUACAAUUUUAAUUUUUAUGACAUUUACUUUUUAUAAGAGUUCCAUCAAUACUUUCACUUUCGUCAGAGGCUUCCUCUGAAAUUUGUUUUUAUUGUUAUUAUCAUCAUCAUCAUCAUCAUUUUUCUUUUUUUUAAUCUACUGUGAAUAUUAUUUGUAUUUUU